CCGGCGGUGAGCCGCGCCCAUCGGUUUUGUCUCCAACUUCCGCAUUCCGGCCUUCAUGUUGGAUGUCGAGCAGUGAACAAUCUCCGAUCCCGCACAGCUUCACUACGCUUGUUGCUGAGAGCAUUUCCUCGGUUCUUCAGAAAGAGUGCCAAUGCCAGCAAUCAAACAGUUCCCCACCCAACUGGCCCACACCCUCAAAACCCACAAUGGCCCCGUAAACGCUGUGACUUUCUCCAGCUAUCCUGGAACCUAUGUCCUCACCGGCUCGACAGAUCGUGCUAUUCACCUCUCCCGGGCUAUUCCCAACAAUAACAAUGCCUCUGCUGCGGAGACAACGUCCCCAAUCCAGAAGUAUGAGGCGCACGGGUACUCCGUGUUAGACAUUGCCGUCGCAGCAGACAACUCCCGGUUCGCCAGCGUUGGUGGAGACCGCCAGGUCUUUCUGUGGGAUGUCGAACAGGGAGGAACAAUCAGACGCUGGAGUGGACACAAUGCGCGCGUUGAGGCCGUCCAAUUCGCAGGCGAAGAUGACUCUGUAGUGGUGUCUGGCAGCGCAGACACAACUAUCAACAUCUGGGAUACCAAGUCCAACUCCUACAAGCCAAUCCAGACCCUCACCGAAGCCCGAGAUACCGUUUCUUCCUUGCACGUACACAUGCCCACAUAUUCUAUCGCAAGCGCAAGUUACGACGGUCGAGUUCGAGUGUACGAUAUUCGAAUGGGACGCACCCUUGUCGAUGUUCUUGCACACCCUGUUACUAGUGUUCGCUGCUCCAAUGACGGCAAUGCUCUUUUAGCAUCUACAACAGAUGGGCGCAUCCGCAUGCUGGACCGGAGUGACGGCAAAUUAUUAAAGGCGUUUGGCGGCGACGAGGUCAGUCCAAGUCAGGGUAAUAGCAAUGCCACUUAUCGCAAAAGCGACCUUCGCAUUCGCUCUAUAUUCGCGAAAGCGGACGCCAUUGUCCUCAGCGGGAGUGCGGCAGAUGACUCCGGCAAUGGCAAUGGUGCUACGCAGGCGUCCGUAUUCGCCUGGGAUGUGCUCAGUGGAGAAGUGAUCGCGUGUGUCCCAGCCGGACCAGGCGUCAAGGCCGUGAGUGCUGUAUCGUGGAAUGAGAAAGGAAAUUGCUGGGCUGGUGGUUGCUCAGAUGGAACCGUCAAAGUCUAUCGCUAAGUUUAGACUGUGUUGUCCGACCCUUGCCCAGCUAGCUAGCCAAGAGCUAGAGCCCAGCCACUCAUCAACUAAUCCCGACAAGACAAGUCAAGACUACAAUACCCCAGCAACCCAGCCAGCCGGUCAACAGGCAAGGUUCCCCGUCAGCAAUAAUAAUCGUCAUCAGCCACCAGCCGCCUACGCACAGACA